UAGCAAAAUCAUAGGCCAAUGAGUCAUUUUAGAAAAAAAACACGUGUAAUUAAUACACUAGUUUCGGAGGUUGUAUGUAAAUACUGUGGGGUAUUGUUUACUGUAGCACAGAAUUACGAAUUACAUAAAAAUACUGUUCUCUAGAAAAAACAUGAUACGCCUGCAAAAAUAAAAAACUAUUUUUCCUGAGUACGUCACAGAACCGUUGUCAGAUUCAUUUCGAUCAAGCAACCGAACAACCUGCUUAAGUAAAUACUAAACAAAGUCCAAAAGUUUCUGAGAAAUCUUCAAAAAAAGAAAAAAGUGCUUCAGACAAUCGCUGAAAGUGUUUCAGUUCUAAUAAAUUCAUCAUGUCACUGGUUUAUGGAUCGUCUGACAACGAAAAUGGUGCACUCGAUCAAAUAUUUGAUAGAGACGAAUUAGAAACAUUUGUUAAUAAUAAAAAACGACUGAAGAAACUUUACCAAACAGAAUACAGUUAUAUGAGGUCUUUAUUAUGGGAGAAUAAGAGUAGAGAUUUUCCUCUAAAGGAUUAUUACGUUAAUUUAAAACUGCAGGAAACACAUAAUUUUAGUGUUAGUCCAAUUGGCGACAUUCUUGAUAUCAAGGAUAUAUUUAAAGAAGUGGAUGAUGGACAUACCAGCAUUCUUGUAUGUGGAGAUCCUGGUUCUGGCAAAACUACAUUGUGCAAGAAGAUUGCGUACGAUUGGGCUGUUGAUAAUUCCUCAAACAAUUACAUAAGUCAUUUCGAUAUUGUUGCAGUCUUAACAUUAACGGAACUUGAAAGUUAUAAGAAAUUGGAAGAUGCUGUUUUAGAAGAUAUUUUUGAAACUUCAGAACCAGAAAUGAAGAAAAAAAUACGGAGGGCAAAUUUAAAUGUCUUAAUUAUUUUAGAUGAAUACGAUGGUGUUACGAGUUUUGAUAGAACCAAAAAUUUCUUAAGAAAGGGUUCCUUUGGUAUUUUUCGAAAGUUGACUAUUAUUGUGACGAGUCGUCUUCAUUCUGCCGAAGAAAUAAGAGAAUUCGUGAAUUUUCGAUUUUAUCUGCAAGAAUUUACACCCGAACAGCAGGAAGAAUACGCGAAGUUGGUGUUCAAACAAAAUGUUGGUAAAACACAAACACUUCUUAUAUUAUUACGAAACGAAUUUUAUUUAUCUUUGUCUAAAUAUCCGUUAUUCUUGCACAUGCUUUGUUGUUUUCAUAGCACUAAUCGAUUAGAAAAUAUACAAAGAAAGACAGAUCUGUAUAUUUAUAUAAUGCAAUUGAUUACAAAUAGAUCAAAGAAAAAACUCGAGAUAAAUUUCGAAGUGCCAAUAGGAAAGCAUUUUCCAUUGGAAGAAAUUUUAGUCAGAUUAGGAAAGUUAAUUUUUGAGAAAAAUACCAAUGAGCUCUUGUAUCCCUUCGGUAAGAAACAAAAAAUUACAAUCGACGAAUUAAAUAAAUAUGUCGAUGACCGUCAUAAGAUUUUUUGUAAUGGUUUGGAUUUUCUUUCUCAUUGCUUUGACAUUGACGGUAAUUUUUGUUUCGAUUGCAUUCACGAGACCAUCGAAGAAUUUCUCGUCGCCCUGUAUUUGUAUAAGAACCCUGAAGUACCUUUUUUGAAUGUCACUAGAGAUUGUUCUAUACCACGUGUUACAGAGUUUACAACUCAUAAUUUUAUUACGUUUUAUUUUGGUUUAUUUCGAAAUGAAAGAAUUCCAGAGAGUUGCUUCAAUCAUUUAGAUAAUGUUGUACUUUCGUUGGACCUUUCGAUAAUAAUAUACAACGAAAUUUUCAAUGAAGAAGACAAGAAAAUAUUUUCGAAUACAAUUAAAAUGUACCAUAACUCUUGUAAUUCAUGUAUCGGCUUUUCUGUUCGGACUAUUCCUUCAGAUUUUUCUCAAAUAUACACAAUUGUUGACAUUGAGGAGUCUUCCGACGUUACGUUUAGAAAGCUGAAUAAGCUUCACAUUAGAGUUUCGCAAUGCAGUCAAGUGGAAAUAUUUAUAUUUCUGAAAAUACGGGAAAAUUUUCUUCGACCGAAAGGUACAACAGCAUUGAAAUAUGAUUGGAAAAUAAUGGAGAACAUUCGGGAUAUAUUGAGUAAAAACUCGUGGAAAAAUUUUGAAAUAUAUAUAUGUGGAAUAUUUCAGGCUUCUUUUCUUAUUGCAUGUGAUAUUGAAAACAAAAGUCGACUUAUUACAUUCCCUGCAUAUUUGCUUAAAGCUUUCAGUUGUGUCGAAAAUCCUGCAGAAAUAGUUUUUGAUGAUUCAAAUUUAAAUACAUCUUACAAGUUGGUUAAGUUGAAAUUUACUACAGAAGAUGACACGGAAGACAAUAGUUUAAUUUUAAAGAAGAAUCUGUUUCAAAUUAUACAGCCUUAUAUAAAGUUAUUUCACAAUUUAUAACUGCAUACAUUGGAAAAUAAUGAUACUAAAUGAUCUUUUCAAUGCAAUGAAAAGUGCAAGUUGCAUUAUAUAAAUGACCUUUCGGCCAAUAGAAUGUUAUUAAUUGAUAUUCAUUAUUAAAGUAUAAUUGACGUGAAAAUUUAUUAGGUGACGACAUAAAAGUCAGCAAUCUUUUACCCAAUUACUUUUAUAUAUAGAUUAGUGAUGUAGAUGUCUUGUAUGUUAGUUGAUUGUUAGGAGAGAGCAGGUAUUGAGUAGAAUACUUAUUCAAUGUUAAGAAAUACACUCACAACUUUACAAUCAAAAUUGAUAUUUUAAUGCUUAUGUUUUUCUAUAAAGUAUUAAUUUCGAUGAACUCCAGAUAAUUUAAAUGCAAGAAGGCCUUGGUAUAUGUUAACUAUUAAUAAACUACAGU